CCGCCAUAUUCCCUCCCGCCGGCCGGCCCCGCGGCGUGCAGACACCAUGAGCACCGCCGCCUUCCACAUCUCCAGUCUCCUGGAGAAGAUGACGUCCAGCGACAAGGACUUCAGGUUCAUGGCCACCAGUGACCUGAUGUCAGAGCUGCAGAAGGACUCCAUCCAGCUGGACGAGGACAGUGAGCGCAAGGUGGUAAAGAUGCUGCUCAGGCUCCUGGAGGACAAGAAUGGCGAGGUGCAGAACCUGGCCGUCAAGUGCCUGGGUCCUCUGGUGGGCAAAGUGAAGGAGUACCAGGUGGAGACCAUCGUGGAUGCCCUCUGUGCCAACAUGCGGUCAGAUAAGGAGCAGCUCCGAGACAUCGCUGGCAUCGGCCUCAAGACUGUCCUGUCGGAGCUCCCCCCUGCAGCCACAGGCUCUGGCCUGGCUACCAACGUGUGCCGGAAGAUCACCGGCCAGCUCACCAGUGCCAUUGCUCAGCAAGAGGAUGUGGCUGUGCAGUUGGAAGCCCUGGACAUCCUCUCUGACAUGCUGAGCAGGUUGGGCGCCCCUCUGGGUGCCUUCCACGCCAGCCUCCUGCACUGUCUGCUGCCGCAGCUGAGCAGCCCACGCCUGGCUGUGCGCAAGCGGGCAGUCGGGGCACUCGGCCACCUGGCGGCCGCCUGCAGCACCGACCUCUUCGUGGAGCUCGCUGACCACCUGCUGGAUCGGCUGCCCGGCCCGCGUGCGCCCGCCAGCCCCGCCGCGAUCCGCACUCUGAUCCAGUGUUUGGGUAGCGUCGGCCGGCAGGCAGGCCACCGUCUCGGGGCCCACCUGGACCGCCUGAUGCCCCUGGUGGAGGAAUUCUGCAACCUGGAUGACGAUGAGCUCCGGGAGUCCUGCCUCCAGGCCUUUGAGGCCUUCCUGAGAAAAUGCCCCAAGGAGAUGGGUCCUCAUGUGCCCAAUGUGACCAGCCUCUGCCUCCAGUACAUGAAGCAUGACCCCAACUAUAACUACGACAGUGACGAGGAUGAAGAGCAGAUGGAGACAGAAGACAAUGAAUUCAGUGAGCAAGAGAGUGAGGACGAGUACAGUGAUGAUGAUGACAUGAGCUGGAAGGUGCGCCGGGCAGCGGCCAAGUGCAUGGCCGCCUUGAUCGGCUCUCGGCCCGACCUGCUGUCUGACUUCCACUGCACCCUGGCGCCUGCACUCAUCCACCGCUUCAAGGAACGCGAGGAGAAUGUCAAGGCUGACGUCUUCGGGGCUUACAUUGUGUUGCUGCGGCAGACACGGCCCCCAAAGGGGUGGCUGGAGGCCAUGGAGGAGCCCACCCAAACAGGCAGCAACCUGCAUAUGCUGCGUGGCCAGGUGCCUCUCGUGAUCAAGGCCCUGCAGCGGCAGCUUAAGGAUCGGAGUGUCAGGGCCCGCCAGGGCUGCUUCAGCCUCCUCACUGAGCUGGCAGGCGUCCUCCCUGGCAGCCUUGCAGAGCACAUGCCCGUGUUGGUCGCAGGCAUCGUCUUCUCUCUGGCGGACCGUUCCAGCUCUUCCACCAUCCGGAUGGAUGCCCUGGCCUUCCUGCAGGGGCUGCUGAGUACAGAGCCAGCUGAGGCCUUCCAUUCACACCUGCCGACUCUCCUGCCACCUGUGAUGGCCUGCGUGGCUGACCCUUUCUACAAGAUCGCAGCUGAGGCCCUGCUGGUGCUCCAGGAGCUGGUGCGGGCCCUGUGGCCACUGGACAGGCCUCGGACGCUGGACCCUGAGCCAUAUGUUGGAGAAAUGUCUGCAGCCACCCUAGCACGGCUCCGUGCCACUGACCUGGACCAGGAGGUGAAGGAGCGCGCCAUUGCCUGCAUGGGCCACCUCGUGGCCCACCUGGGUGACCGGCUUGGGGAUGACCUACAGCCAUCGCUAUUGCUCCUUCUGGACCGCCUGCGGAAUGAGAUCACCCGGCUGCCUGCUGUCAAGGCACUGACGCUGGUGGCCUUGUCCCCGUUGCGGCUUGACCUGCAGCCCAUUGUGGCUGAGGCACUGCCCAUUCUGGCCUCGUUUCUGCGAAAGAACCAACGGGCGCUGCGCUUGGCCACACUGGCUGCCCUGGAUGCCCUGACCCAGAGCCAGGGACUGAGCCUCCCUCCGUGUGCUGUGCAGGCCGUACUGGCCGAGCUGCCUGCCCUGGUCAGUGAGAACGACAUGCAUGUGGCUCAGCUGGCUGUGGACUUCCUUGCCACGGUGACCCAGGCCCAGCCGGCCUCUUUGGCCAAGGUCAGCGGCCCUGUGCUCUCAGAGCUGCUGCGGUUGCUACGCUCACCCCUGUUGCCAGCAAGUGUGCUGGCAGCUGCUGAAGGCUUCCUGCAGGCCCUGGUGGGGACGCGCCCCCCGUGCGUGGACUACGAGGAGCUCAUCAGCAUGCUCACUGCGCCUGUUUACGAACAGGCUGCGGACGGCGGGCCGGGCCUGCACAAGCAGGUGUUCCACUCUCUGGCUCGGUGUGUGGCAGCCCUUGCGGCCGCUUGUCCCCAGGAGGCGGCAGGCACGGCAAACCGCCUGGUCUGCGAUGCCAGGUCGCCCCACUCGAGCACAGGGGUCAAGGUCCUGGCUUUCCUGUCACUGGCUGAGGUGGGCCAGGUGGCUGGGCCAGGCCCCCAGCGGGAGCUGAAGGCAGUACUCCUGGAAGCCUUGGGGUCACCCAGUGAGGACGUGAGGGCGGCUGCCUCCUAUGCACUGGGCCGCGUGGGCGCCGGGAACCUGCCUGACUUCCUGCCCUUCCUGCUGGGGCAGAUCGAGGCUGAGCCCCGGCGGCAGUACUUGCUGUUGCACUCGCUCAGGGAGGCCCUGGGGGCCGCCCAGCCCGACAGCCUGAAGCCCUACGCCGAGGACAUCUGGGCCCUGCUGUUCCAGCGCUGUGAGGGUGCCGAGGAGGGCACCCGGGGGGUGGUGGCUGAGUGCAUCGGCAAGCUGGUCCUCGUGAACCCUCCAUUCCUUCUGCCCCGAUUCCGGAAGCAGCUUGCUGCAGGUCGGCCACACACACGGAGCACUGUCAUCACAGCAGUCAAGUUCCUCAUCUCUGACCAGCCCCAUCCCAUUGACCCCCUCCUGAAGAGCUUCAUCGGAGAGUUCAUGGAGAGCCUGCAGGACCCAGACCUGAAUGUGCGCCGGGCCACUCUGGCUUUCUUCAACUCGGCUGUGCACAAUAAGCCCUCACUGGUCCGGGACCUGCUGGAUGACAUCCUGCCCCUCCUCUACCAGGAGACAAAGAUCCGCAGGGACCUCAUCCGAGAGGUAGAAAUGGGGCCCUUUAAGCACACAGUGGAUGAUGGGCUGGACGUGCGCAAGGCAGCCUUUGAAUGCAUGUACUCGCUGCUUGAGAGCUGCCUGGGCCGGCUGGACAUCUGCGAGUUCCUGAAUCACGUGGAGGAUGGCCUGAAGGACCACUAUGAUAUCCGGAUGCUGACCUUCAUCAUGCUGGCCCGACUGGCUACCCUGUGUCCCGCACCUGUUCUGCAGAGGGUGGACCGGCUCAUUGAGCCACUCAGGGCCACCUGCACCGCCAAGGUCAAAGCUGGUUCCGUGAAGCAGGAGUUUGAGAAGCAAGAUGAGCUGAAACGCUCCGCCAUGAGGGCUGUGGCCGCCCUGCUGACCAUCCCGGAAGUAGGGAAAAGCCCCAUCAUGGCUGACUUCUCUUCCCAAAUCCGAUCCAACCCCGAACUUGCUGCCCUCUUUGAGAGCAUCCAGAAGGAUUCUGCUUCAGCCCCCAGCACAGACUCUAUGGAGCUCAGCUAGUGCUUCCCCAGUCCCCAGGUGGGCCCUUACCAAGAGAAGGGGGCCUACCCAAGCCUGAGGCCUCACUGUCCCCAUGCUGGCCAAAGGCCUCUGCUUUUGCCCUUUCUUCAUCUCACUGGGGGGCCGUCCUGCUCCUGGUCGGGGCUUACAGUGCCUUCUCCAGGGACCCCAACUCGAGGCCCCCAGCAGGAGCUGCAAGGCUGCCAACAGUUGGACCCUGUAACUCAGGACAGUCAUUCAAAGCAACAGGGCAUGGACGUUUUUCCAAGCCCUUCGGCACAAAUAGUGGAUAUGUGACUUCACACUGGGCAGUCUACACCUUCAAACUGGGGAGUCCCUGCCUUACAGAGGACUAAGUAGUGUUUAGAAAUACUCUUGUGCUCACAGCUGUGAAAGGUUAGGAGGCAGCCGGCUGGCCUUCUUUCCCACCAGUGUCACUCACACCUCUCCCACUUUUCACUUCACUUGAUCUGAUAGGCCAAAAAUUCAUGCUUCGGCUGGGCAUCUGAAAAACUAAAGCUACUUCUCUGAGCUUCUUGCAUUUUAGAAUUCAAAAUGCUUCCUUUUCCAAUUGGUAGUGAUGAUUCAGAAAUUGGUAUUUUUGCAGGGGAGGUGGUUGGGAUAGAGAAUUAGAUCUGUUUUUUUUUUUUCUAAUUUCAAAACGCUUAUGUAGUCAAAUGGGAAACCAGAAAGCACAAAGGAAGCAAGACCACCUCUUCACGCCACCCCUCCUAUAGGUGUAACCAGUUGGUUUGUGUCCUUCGGAGGAAGACUUUGAACAUGUUCCUAGUUUUUAGUAUUGAAGACACAAAUAUUAAGCGACAGAUUAAAAGAAUUUUCUGUACUGUCCCAGGUUAAUAAGAGAUCCUUGUUACUUUUUCUCUGCACAGUUCCUCUACUAGGCAUGUCACCAUCCGUAUGUUUCCCCAAGUCAGUUUAAAGAAAUCAUGAAAAUGACCAACAUUUACUCAAAUGUUUCAGACUAGGUUUUGAACUGGAGGCAGCCCACCUGUAAGACCUUUUUCUAAGGGACUUAAAACCGCUCAUGGCUAGCCUGCCAAGAAAAUUAUAACCAGGGUAGUUCUUUCUGCUCAGUUGACCAGGUUGGUAGGGAAAAACACCCUGUAUGCAGUUGUCUUGUUCUGGAGUCUACAUGCCAUAUCCCAGGACUACAUACUGCCACUUGCUACCAGUUCUUAGUAAAGUGGUACCCUAACUUUACACAGGCAUGCCUGACUUUAUCAUGCUUUGUAGAUACUGCAUUUACAAACUGAAAAUUUGUGGGAAUCCUGCGUCCAGCCACGUCUGUCAACACCAUUUGCUCAUCUCAUGUGUCAUAUUUUCCUCAGUUCACGUUUUCAUUAUUGUAUUUGUUAUGAUCUGUGAUUUUUGAUGUUACUAUUAGUGCCUGAAGAGGUGAUGGAAUUGCUAUAAUCUCAUGAGAAAACUUUUAACGGUGGAGUUGAGAUGGAAUCUGCUCCUGGUGAAGGUGCUGUUAGACUGUUGAAAUGACAAAGAACUGAAGAAUAUUACAUCAGCUUAGUUGAUAAAGCAGUGGCAGGGUUUGAGGGGAUGGACUCCAAUUUUGAAAGCUCUCUGGGUAAAGUGCUCAUAUUACAUGCUACAGAGAAGGAGCAUUCUUGACUCCAUCAAUGCAGCAAACUUCAUGGUCUUAAUUUUAGUAACUUGCCACAGCCACCCAGUCUUCAGCAACCACCACCCUCAUUAGUCAACAGCCAUCAGCAUGGAGGUAAGACCCUCCACCAGCAAAAAGAUUACCACUCAUAGAAAGCUCAGGCAGUUAUUUUUGCAAUAAAGUUAUUUUUAAAUUAAGGUAUGCACAUUAUUUAGGUAAACUAUUGCACAUAAUAAAUUUGAGUAUGGUAUAAACAUAACUUU